CUUUGUGCCAUGUCUUUCACUUGGAUCUGUUUUCUGUUACUGGAGCUGUGUUCAAUGAUACCCAAGAUUGCCUGGUCACAAGAUACUCGUACUAAUUUCGAUUCCGAGUAUGGGCAGAAUUUAAGACAGAAUCUGCUUUCAGUGGACAAGUUCCAUUAUCUAAAUGUACCCCGAAUUGACAUAAUUACACCAUAUGACGACUUUGAAUGCAUCUUAAAAUGUCUUGACCAUCCGCUCUGCGUUUCUGUGAACGUUGCCGCCGAAGGAAAAAAGUGGUGUGAGUUACUGUCCACCAACAAGUUUAACGACCCCGAAAAACUCAAAGAAAGCAAGAGUUGGCAUCACUAUUCGUCUUUUAAGUUUCCUUGUUCUUCCAAUCCAUGCCAAAACGGAGGAGCUUGCGUUGUCGCCAAACACAAACUGGAGAUGUUCGAGUGCAUCUGUAAGAACGGUUACUCUGGAGAAUUUUGUGAAAAAAUAUUUCCAGCCGUUCAGCUUCAGAACUGCUCUCAAGCUCCCAAGAAAACUGGGAUUUACAACAUUUUCAAUCACGGAUCUGGGCCUUUCCCUGUCUACUGCGACCAGACAACGGAGGGUGGAGGUUGGAUGAUGAUAUUCAAAGUUAUUGGUGGAAUAAAUUCUUCCUUUUCUGCUGGGGAGUUCUGGAAUUCAUCCGACACAUUUUCAGAAAAUGUUACCGCUGCCCUAGAUACCACUUCAUCCUACCGAGGAAACUACAAAAACCGUAUUGUACAAAGUUGGCAAAUGUUCAGUCCUAAAGAGGUUCGUGUAGCACUUUACACAAAUGGAACUGAAGUCGUGUCUAUCAUAUUCAUUGCUAAAGGGACAACACACUUGGACUGGUUUUCACAAAAAAAUCUUAUUCAAUCACCAUGGACUGAUCUUAGGAACGCAAAAAACAUAUUUCCCUUUCGCAUCGAUGGCCACCAUGGGGUGCGCAGCUUUGAAAUUACUGCCAACUACGGGGGAUGUGAGCUAGACUCUGGAUGGCUUGUGAUUACUGGACCUGACUGUGGCUGGGAAAGAAGACAAGGUGUUGUCCCAGGAAUACUAUACAGCAAGAAAACUCACAAUAUCACAUGGAAUGAUAAUCAAGCUGAUGUUGGAGUUGCUGAGGUGAUGAUUGUGUACAUACGUUGAAGACCAGAGAUGCCAGUCAAGUAAUAAACAAAGCAAAGACACGUAUUCUAAUUAAAUUAAGAAAAAACUUAACUAAUUGAUUGAUUGAUUGUUAGACCUCCAAACUGACUGACCGACCGACCUACCUUUCAACCUAAGCAUCUAAUUUCUCCUUAAAG